GCUUUAAAAAUGGCCAAGAAGAGGUUGUGCUUUAUCCGAAUAGCUAUACUCAUGUGGAUAUCAUGUAAAAUGAUUAAAUCCUUCACAAUAAAUCCAUUUUCCAAAUCCAUUUGCCUUUAUUCGGCUAAAAAAGUCGAUUGUUCCAAUAGAGGUUUGAAGAACAUAUCAUUUCUCAACUUAAAACCCGAAAUAAAAACCCUGGACCUAUCCGAAAACAACUUCAGUAAUGUAACUGAUAAUUUUUUCGAACCGAUACGGAAGUCAAAAAUAAGUUCUGUUCAUGAAGAGAUGUCAAAUUAAGUAUAUAUCGCCCAAAGCAUUUGCUCUUAUUCCGAACAUACACACCGUUGAUCUGUCUUUCAACAAUCUUACUAUCAGCGCUCUGAGGCAAGGUUUGAAAGGUUUCAAUGGCUCCAGUAUAGAGCAUCUUGACAUCUCGAAUAUCAUUUCAAGUAAAAAGCCACAAACUCUACCUCGACACCUUUUCCGAAGUCUCCAAAAUACGAAAUUAACCAGUCUAAAGAUAAGAAGUUGGAAUUUAAAUGAAGUUAAUGGAAACAUUUUUCAAAAUCUAUCUUGUCUACACACAUUAGAUCUAAGUAUGAAUAAGAUAUAUUCUUUCAAAAUGAAGGGGCUCUCGAAAAUUAGACUUUUAAACUUGACUUGGAACAAGAUGAUUUACUUACCGGAAAUGUGUAAUAAUCAAAACAGAUCACUGGUACCAAAGUUGAAUAAACUGUAUCUUGCAAUAAAUCAUCUUCUUGAUUCACAAGAUUUCCAAAAACAAGGACAUUGUUUACCGAAUUUAUUCUAUCUCAAUUUAUCAUUUAAUUUACUGGAUAGAAUCAAAUCGAAUUCAUUUUCAACCCUAAAAAAAUUAGGAAUAUUGCGCAUUGGAAACAUGUUAACAUAUGAUUUAGUUAUAGAAGAGGAUGCACUCAAUUCCAAAACAUUGAAAAUGCUGUUUCUUGGAAGUUAUAAAAGAGUGUCAAAGGAUACAUUCAAUCCAAAAACACUUUUUAAGAAAUGCAGACAGUUAACAAGACUAGAAAUGUCGAAGUUUGAUUUCUCCGAUUUUUCUAUUGAAAAUUUCCGUGUAAUGAUAUCACCUCUCAAAAAUCUAAAGGAGCUUAUUUUACGUCAGAAUAAUGUGAAUAAUGUUCCUGAUACGUCCAAUUUUCCCAAUCUUACCUUUCUCGAUUUAGAAGGAAACAUGAUUCGGCAAGUACACAAAGAUUUUUUUCAAAACAACACACAACUUAGGAGCAUUAGUUUAAAAAGAAAUCAACUUACAACAAUUCGACAGGAUACCUUUACCGAUGAAAUGUGGAGGGAUCCAAACCUAUCCAUAGAUAUAUCGUAUAAUCCAUUUGCUUGUGACUGUGACCUUGAAUGGUUUAUCAUAUGGGCGAACAAAAAAGGUAUAAUAUCGAAAAACAGCGAUUAUCAAUGUUAUUCUCCCGAGGAAUGGAAGACAACUAGACUUGAUAUCCAUAUCCAAAGUCUAAAGACUAGUUGCCAUCCAGUAAAUAGAGUGUUUAUCACAGUUUUAACUAUUUUUUCCUUCAUGUUUAUAUUUCUUUUUGGAUUGAUACUUGCAUGGAAGUUGAGAUGGGACAUUAAGUAUUAUUUACAUACUUGUAGAUGGAAGGACGAAAGACGAAGUAGAUAUCAAAAAAUUAUUGAUAAUGAGUUAAUAGAGUACGAUGGAUUUGUGGCAUACAACACACGUGACCGGAAAUGGAUUAUGUCAGAACUUGUCGAUGUCAUUGAACAAAAAGAACAUUACAAACUUUGUCUUCAUGAAAGAAACUUUUUACCAAGUUGUGCUCACGUUGAUAACAUACUAGAAAGUAUUGAAGCCAGUAGAAAAUUCAUAUUGGUACUUUCUAACAAUUUUAUGAGUGACCAAUGGUGUAAUUACGAAGCGAUCAUUGCCAAUCACAAGUUAGCAGAUGGAAACGGGGACAGAAUCUUUCUGAUUUUGCUAGGAAAAAUCAAUUCCAAACAUUUCACAACCGCGCUGAAAACUUUAUUAAAAGCUGUAGAAAAUGCAGAAUGGACCUUGAACGAAAAUGGAAAGAAAUUGUUUUGGAAGAAACUGAAAAGAUUCAUGGAAAAGUAAACAGAUAACUUCAACAUUCAGGAUUUUAAUGGAGCCAAUUUUACUGAUACUUCUUGUAAAUUCAUGAUGGUUUUGUUUGUUUGUUUUUAACACCCGUUCGAGAUUUUUUCAUUUAUUUUCAUCAGUUGCGGGUGGAAGUGUUGAAUAUUUAGACUUAAAUUGUGAGUGUGUGC